UCCUUUCUUCCACUCUCUCAGACCGUCAGAGAAGGCUCAGAGAAAGCACAAUGGCAUCACCUUGCAACUCACAUUUUCUGAUCCCAAGGUUUUCUCUCCAGCUGCUGGUUGUGACUAUAACAUGGCACUCCGCUGCCACAGAAAGGGCUGCUUCGAUUCAGCUCAGAGGGGAGGUUGGUGGAAAUGUGACCUUCCACUGUCCCGUUGACAAAAAAAGAACAUUGGCAAUGUGUUACUUGCAGAAGGGCAACAUAUUUGUGAACGGCUACUAUGAAUCAAAAAAUCUAUCAAAUACGUCAUGGGAGAACACCAGAGUGGAUCUCGACAAGAUGACUAUACUCAUGUCCAGUUUGAACGUCUCCCAUAGUGGUGACUAUAAGUGCAUUAUCCGGUACAAGGGAAUGAGAAUUGAACCUGAUGUACACCUACACCUCAAUGUCACAGCAAACUACAGCAAACCUACACUCUCAGUGCACUGCAGGGAUCACAACCAUCUCUUUAGUUGCCUCGUGAACUGUACCUCACAUGGCGGCUACCCAGGCUCUGAGAUUACGUGGCACAUACCGGGGAGUUCGAAGGUUGUAAACAACAGCAAAAUGAUCGAUCCAGACACCACAACAUUCAACAUCUCCAGCAUCGCAUACGUCAACUGCUCCGAUGGAAAGCUGACGUCCCUUAGCUGUUCUGUGGGCAAUAUCAGCUCAGAAAUGGUCUCAGUCUGUACACCCAAGGAUCCGCCUGAUACCCAAAGUCCAUAUGUGACAGUAGCCAUCUGUGCAGUGGUGGUUUUCUUUAUCAUUAUGGUGGCAUUGCUGUGGAGGUGGUCUUUCAAGAAAGGACAGAGAAGAGCAGCAGCAGCAGUAGUGAGGGGAGAAAAUGGACGUGAGGAGGAGGUAACAGUCCUCAAUGAAAUCAUGGAGGCAUCUUGAGGGCUGAAUUGGUGAAGUAGACGGACCAUUAAAUCGAGAACUAAAACUGUAUGUAUGUGGGGCGACUGUGGGUCAUGGUUAAAAAGCGCUAUAUAAAUUAAAUGGAUUAUUAUUAUUAUUAUGUCACUCAAAUGUAUGUUACAUUUGUGAUUGACUGCUGCAUGCACGGCCGCCAAAGUCAAUAGUCGGUGACUCACUGGGGAAAUCAUGCUCCGAACAUUUUGCUGACACGUGUGACUUUUUUAAUGUGUUUAAGGAAGUAUUUGUCAUCAGUAUCUUUUUACAGGGUAAUUUACAGUGCACCAUUCAACUGAGAAUAGGUUACUUCUCCAAAAAAAUGGUGUGUGGUGAAAUUGUUGUCAGGUAUUGUAAAACUGAAAACAAAAACCCUGUAUGUAAUUGUGGUGAAAUAUAUGUAUUUUUUAUUGUUACACUGACCUCUACAGGCAGAAGUGGGAUCUUUUACACUUCCUAUGGUUUCCCCUUUUUGGACUGUGUUUUAUAAUUUUUAAAUGCAGUAUAAGUAUUGUUUGCACUUUAAAAUUGUAUUAUUGUAUGUAAUGCCCAUAAUAGAACUGUAAACAUUGGUAUCCACCUAUUUUGGUUGUAAAAUGAUCCAAAGGGCGAUUUACUUUUCAAUUAGCUUUGUCUAUCAAAAAUGAGGUAUUAGCUUCAAGGUAUCAAAAGCUGUGAACAAAUAUUUAUGAAUGCAGAAAAGAUGGAAAUCAAAAUACUGUUUGCACAUGAAUUUGUUCUCUGAAGUACAUACGUGUUCAGGGUUCUUCGUUAAUUGCUGUUAACCUUGUGAACAUGUUGGUCUUCUUUGUCACUUUGGACAUUAUUUUCUCAGGUGCCUGUCAUUUGAAAAUAUUGCUACUUUUCUAAAUAUUUAUUUAAUUUAGUGUUUUUAUUUCUCAUUAUGAAAUUGCACAUCGUUUACACUAUUUACACUUUUGGGUGCUUAUGCUUCCUUCCCCAGAAUUACCAAACAAUCUCAUAGAGCUGCUUUCAUUUUCUAAAUCUGUAAGAAACACUCUUAAAAUGUGACGGUUCUGUUUCUCAUUUCCAUGAAAUGAAAUCAUUACUGAAAUAUACAAUCAAUUAAACUUGUGUAAAUACUUC